AUGUGUGGCAUAUUUGCAGUGCAUGGACUUGACAAACCUUCAGCCGAUCGUGCUCACUUCAUCGCCUUGUCCAAACGACUUCGACACCGCGGCCCAGAUUGGUCGGGAUGUUUCGUGGGCAAGAACUGCACACUUGUACAUGAACGUUUGGCCAUCGUCGGCGUCGAUACCGGCGCACAACCUUUGGUGAGCGAGGACGGCAAGAUUAUCCUUGCAGUCAAUGGAGAAAUAUACAACCACAUCCAACUUCGCGCGUCGGUAGGGCCUGGCGUCAAGUUCAAGACGCACUCUGACUGCGAAGUCAUUAUUCCACUCUAUAGAAAGUACGACAAAGAUGUUUGCGGCCACUUGGAUGGGAUGUUUUCUUUCGUCCUUCUUGACGAGUCAGAGGAGAAACCUAGGAUUAUUGCGGCACGCGACCCGAUAGGUAUCACCACCCUCUACCAGGGCUGGAGCUCUAAACGACCUGGCGCCGUCUACUUUGCUUCGGAAUUGAAGGCCUUAGUUGAUGAUUGCGACAAGAUUAUCUCUUUCCCUCCAGGGCAUAUUUACGACAGCCGGGAUGGCAGCACCACUCGGUAUUUCACUCCCUCCUGGUGGAAUGGCGACAACGAGGUCAACCCGACGAUCCCCUCCGCGUCCCCCGAUUACAAGCUCAUCAAAGAAACACUUGAGGCGGCAGUACGCAAGAGAUUAAUGUCUGAAGUACCCUACGGAGUGCUUCUAAGCGGCGGUCUAGAUAGCAGUCUUAUUGCUGCUAUCGCAUCGAGAGAAACGGAGAAAGUUGCACAAGCCCAGUAUGAAGCUAGGAAGAAGAAACUAGAAGAAGCCCUUACUCUCGCUGCUUGGCCUCAACUUCACUCCUUCUCGAUCGGCCUGGAGAAUUCUCCGGACCUUCUAGCCGCACGCAAGGUCGCUCACUACCUGGGAACAGUUCAUCAUGAAUACGUUUUCACCGUGCAAGAAGGGCUUGAUGCUAUCCCUGAGGUGAUUUAUCAUCUGGAAACCUACGAUGUUACCACCGUCCGUGCUAGCACACCCAUGUAUCUACUAAGUAGGAAGAUCAAGGCUAUGGGUGUUAAAAUGGUACUCAGCGGUGAAGGAAGCGACGAAAUAUUCGGAGGGUACCUGUAUUUCCAUGCUGCACCAGACAGGGUUUCGUUCCACCAAGAAUGUGUCCGUCGCGUCAAGAAUUUGCACACCUCCGACUGUCUCCGUGCCAAUAAAUCAACAAUGGCAUGGGGACUUGAAGCUAGAGUUCCCUUCCUUGACAAAGCUUUCUUAGAGGUUGCAAUGAACGUCGAUCCCGCGUCGAAAAUGUUUAGUAAGGGCACCGCUCAGGGAGUAGACGAAGACGGCUGUCCGAAGAUGGAGAAGUACAUCCUCCGUAAAGCUUUCGACUGUUCUCCUGGCGGCAAGCCAUACCUACCCCGUUCAAUUCUUUGGCGACAAAAAGAGCAAUUCUCAGAUGGCGUUGGUUAUUCGUGGAUAGACGGAAUCAAGGACCACUCGGCCUCAAUCGUUUCCGACGAAGCCUUCGCCCAAGCUGCCAAACGUUGGCCGGAAGGAACCCCCGAUACAAAGGAAGCAUAUUAUCUACGAGAAAUAUUCGACAACUUGUACCCGACGGAAACUGCGGCUGCAACAGCAGUUCGUUGGAUACCUCGUGGCGAUUGGGGUUGUUCUUCAGACCCAAGUGGAAGGAGCGUCAGCAUACACAACGCAGCCUAUCAGGCAGUUGAUUCGUAA